UCGUGGCAUCGAGGCUGAGGCAAUCUGAAGUGUCUGCGUAAACGGAAAACCAUAACAUUAUACAAAAACAACUUGCUUGAUGAUGAUUCAAUGUUAAGGGGGAUUAUUGACGCCCCAAUUUCAAACUAAUCAUACGGGAAGGCGUAUUAAACACAGAAAAUGGCAAAUGCUCCCCAAGUAACUGGGAUAUCCCCCAAGGAGGGACCCCCAGGUACAAAGGUCACCAUUCGCGGAGAGCGUCUGGGUCGUUCCCAAGCGGACAUUAUUGGUCUCGAGAUUUGUGGUGUCGACGUCUUGUUAACCUCUGAGUGGGUUUCCCCUAAUAAAAUUCUGGCCAGAACGCUCCUCUGCCGUACCAAGGGGGACAUUGUUGUUCUCACAAAGUCUGGAGGAAUCGGCUCGUCAACUGUCCAGUUUAGGGGCUAUUUAGAGCCUAAUGUGGGUCCCACCAAAGAGAGUGCUGUGUGGGUGGAGGAAACGGUCAGCGUUGGUCCUCGUCCAUUGUCCAUCUCCACGUAUCAACAGGAAGACCCUCUCCAAAUUUCGGUGGAAGGCAACGAGAAAAAAUACCCCGUGGAAGAAUUAGUAGAACUAUUUCCUGAUGGUAGUGGAAAUCUCAGAGCUGACAAUUUCUCUGGUGCUUGGUUUCUCCUGGAAAAUCAUCAUGCCACAAGUUUCGAAGACUUAAAAUCAGGUUUACAUUUCCUUGGUAGGAAAGUAAACUUUCAGUCCACAGAGGGCAAGUUAUCUUUUUUGAAGGAAAAUAUUAAUUCAGUAAUGGGACAAUUGGAUGCUCUGAUUGAGCUGAAGGAGAAAUGUGAUAGCUAUCGGAAAACAAAUCCAAACUCUUACGUGUCUCAGAUUGACGACUCGAUUGGAGUUUGUGAAAGAGAAGCAUGGAAACUUUUUCAAGGGGUACUGGCGAAAAAAGACCGAGCAGAUAUGACUAGAAAUGCAUUAAGUGGCUACCAAAGAUUCAAGUUUCUGUUUAGUUUGCCUGGAACGAUGGAUUCUUCAAUACAAAAGGAAGAGUUUGAUCAGGCAAUUAAUGACUAUGGCCGUGCUAAAACCUUGUUUCAACAACCAGAAUUGGAUAAGCCUAUUUUCCGAAAGUUUCAAAAGGAGGUAGAAUCACGGGUUCAAAAAUUGAGAGACACUCUGAAAAGAAAAUUGUUGGAAAAACCUCCAAAUGCUGAAGACCAAAGAAUCAUGCUAGGCUACCUUAGAACCCUGGAAUGUAGCGAAGACCUAGGGUGGGACUGUCUCACUUGUCAUUACGAAUUUAUAUCCACGUCCAUGAAAAACUGUUUUCAACAAUUAUCAUCCUCAGAAUAUCCAAAGGAUAUUCUUAGGACACCUUCAAAACAUGAUCCACAAUUGGCAUCACAGCCAGCGGAAGUAGUGUUUAUCGAAAACUUGUGUGAUAUAUUUUUAACGUGCUUUCCUGACUUUUGGCACUUUGGGCAAGAUUAUUUUAAAGGAAAAUUAGCCGUAAAACCUAAUAUGAGCCGACAAACAGAUAUGAAGAAAAUGUUGGUUUCUAUUACCCAACUGUUUGCCACCCUUGUUACAAGUUGCUUAAUUCCACACAAGAAAUCAGAGUUUACAUGGAAUCGAAGUUCAGAUUCUUUAAAUGAUUGCCUUAAAAAUUGUAUUCCUAUUAUAAAAGACACGUAUACUGUCUUCUUGGAAUUGGAUACACCAAAGGAAAUGUCAGAACUUCUGAAGCAAUUGUUAUUUGAACUCAGAUCAUAUUUGUUGGAUCUAAUGGUUCACCAACUUUCUGUUCAAAUUGAAGAGCUGUUUAAGCAGGAAACUUGGACCAGUGAACCCACAGACUAUGGAUUUACAACAGCAUUGCCAUCAAAAUAUGAAACCCUUGUGAUAAACUCUGCAAAAGUUAUUAAGGAAGUACUUUUACAAAAAUUCUCUGACGAAAAUAUGCUCUUAAAAAGCGAAGAUGUUAAAAGGAAUUUACAACAAAAUAUGGGGAAAGCACUUUCAUCAUUUUCGGAUACCUUGGAGAUGCUCAUUUCAAGAAGUAAAAGUCCAUUAAAAUUUGGGAGCAGUAAUGCAUCAUCAAAUCCCGAAACAAAGAUGGUGGCCCCACCCUCCCAUUCCACUUGCUUAUUGCUAAUUCUUAACAACUGUUCCUUCACCAAAGAAGUAAUUUUACCUCAAAUUCAGCAAUCACUUACUAAGCUAGGAUUUCCGGACAUGAGUGAAGCAGUUGAAAUCGCUCGACGUGGCAUCCAUGGAAUUGAAAAUUUGACGUUUGUUAAGUACACAGAAAUGAAAUAUGAACCAGUCGUUGGGCAGAUUGAGCAAACAAUGUAUGCUGGUCGAUUUGAUUGGGAGAAAUGCAAUGAACCCUGUGCUGUUCGGCCUUAUGUUACACGUUCUCUUUUGGGGAUGAUUGAAGUCAUUGCAGAAGUUACUGCUGUAUCAGAAAAACUUGUGAUAUCCCUGAUGGCUCAAGUUGUCGAAAACGUUUGUGAAGAAUUCACUAGACUUUUUUCAUGUGUUGCAAAAUUCAGUGAGAACGGGUCAUUACAGGCCACGUUGGAUAUUGCUGCUUUUCAAGAAGCGAUAUCUCCUUUUCUCAAUAAAAAUUCAAGAGCUCAUGUUAACGAUACGCUAGGAUUAAUACCCCGUUCAAAAGAUUUACUAAAGGGUAGUAGACGUGUCCAAGCGUUACUGGAUGAUCAUCGCAAGAUAACUCGUUUACAAUUUUUAUGCUUCGACAUUCCAAAUCAAUGAUUAGUAGUGUACUGCUUAUGAACUAGUUGUAAAAAUAUUGUUGUAUUAUUAAUUGUUGCUAAUAUAUCCUACACUGCGUUGCCAAAAAUGAUUGUCUCGUAUUUUUAAUGGGCCAGCCUCAGUCAGAUUCACAAGCUCUUGCCCAUUACUGUGACUAGUAAUUAUUUUCAUGCCGGACACUAUACAUACUUAUAGGUAUGUAUAAUUUAAUCUGCCAUGUAUAUGGUUUAAGCCAUCCCGGCUAGACGUUUUUUAGCGUCACAUUUAUUGAAAACGCUCAGUUUUUGUCCGUCUCUUCUAUACGUAGACAUAGAAGAGAUAGUUUUGCUUUGCUAACUUUUUCAUUGUGUACCCACUUUCAUCGUUUCAUCUCUUUGUAGAAGAAAAUAAAUUCUUUACCCCAUCUCAACUCAGGCGGCUUUGCACAAAGGUAACAUCAAAGUGAACAAGUUUUACAAGAAAGUGGAAUUUCGCUUUAAUAAUAUGCAUAAUAUUGCAAAAAGUACAAAGAGUGCAAUACAAUAAGAUCCUGGUCUUAUAGUGCUUUCUCUUAAACUUAACUUGGGUAAUGUUGUUUUCAUAAUGGCAGCGACUGGCAGGCAGGCAGCAACAGAUCACAGUUUCUCAAUUCCAAUUCCUCCAUACUAUAUGUAUUUAUAUGUACAUAUCUAGUAAAGUUCGCUUCGAAAAUACAUGUAAAAUUAAUGCACCGUAUCUUGUAAUACUCAAGUUAUUUUCUUUACUUUUGUGCAAUAAUGAUUGAAAUAAAUAGGCAGAAUAUUCACAAUAAGAUUUCCAAGCAGAUUUUGGUAAACAUUAAAUGGUUGAUUCACAAAAAGCCUUUCAACUUUGGCAACGUUAUCCACGAUUCAAAAAUGCUUGUAUGCAAUCUUGCUUUGUCUUCCUUUUUGCCUUACUAAAUUUUAAAAGAAAAAACUUUACGAGCAAACGGGAGCAUUCGAGUUGAAUUAUGCUUAGAAGCUUUUAUUCUACAAACUACGUGUGUAAUAUUGAUGUGUUUUUAAUAUUUUUUCAAUCAAUGAACAAAAAGUUAUAAUUGUACAAUCCUCUCUCACGAACGCAAACAAACCACUGCUUUCCAUGAGUUGCUUUUCGGUAACAGUGUUCUUUUUGUAGAACAAGAAUACAUGCAGAAGAUACUUUCUCCAUUCGUAAUUUCAUUCAUCGUUCGAUUCACCUCCUAUAAUUUUAUGAUUAUCAACCAAUGUAAAACCUUUUCGAGUGCAGUCAUUGGAUUUACGUUUCUUUUGCGAUGAAAGGGAAAAAACUUUUUGAAGUUCCUCAAUUUCGUUCGCAGCUUUUGUACUGCAAUUUUCGUUUCAAAAAAGUGACUGACACAGGAGAAGACCAACAUGAAAGGAAAUGUUUUCUCUUCUGACUGAGAGCAAAGCAAAGCAAGAAAGAAAAAUGAACUUGAUGGAUAGAAAGAAAGAAAGGUGCGUAUAGCCAGCCAAAGUUGUGACCGAUUGGAUUCUGGGAUUUCACUCAAGAAAUGUUCAUCACAUAAAUCGAAUCUAUGCAUUCGCCUCAUAAAAUGCUCCUUGAGUCAAGUUGAUGUGAUUUUCACACUAGAAUUUCCAAGAUAUGCAUACAUAGUCGCAUCAUAAAUAAAAUAUCGCAAAGUAGUGUCAUCUGUAUUAUAAAUAAGGUUAAAUCGUACAAUUUAACAUUUCACGACUGUACGAUGUACAUUCCAAAAUACAUCAGCACAUGUUGCAGAGAGGGGAAACUAAGGUGAACUUGUCACUGAAUUUAUAAAAUGUUUUAUUGAAUAUGGCCCGUACUUGUUUAGGCUGGCUGGAAGGACGUCAUAAUAAUGUUGAGGAUCAAUCAGUGGAAGUGGAUGAUAGUUAUUUGGCGAGGACGGAAAUGAAGUGUGGAUGGGUGGAUGGAGAGGAGAGCGAGGAGAAAACGGGCAGUGUCGCGUGGCAAAAGGGAAAGCCGACGAUGAAAAGGAGUGCCGCACGAGAUCAAAGGAAGACCGCAGCUCAGCAUUUACCAUCGAGUGACUACAUGAGGUUUGAUAGAAAGCCGCUGGCCCUCCUCCCCAUAAAACUGCCUCCUCUAUUACCACCACCGGCCCACAGACCCACAAUUGGAAUGUGUUGGGCAAAAACAGGGUGGCGAAUAUCAGACUGGAGAAAGUUCACCAUGCACCACCAGCAACGCUUUCCUCUUAUAUGUAGCUCAUCCCCAAAGAAAUGAAGCAUUUUGAACCUUCGAAUAACGACUGUUGAACGAGACGCUAUAAAAGUUGGAUGUACUUAUGUCCACAUGGCAUUUAUGUAUUUAUAAAGAAAUGUUGAAAAGAUUUAUUGAACAUUACCCAAAUGAGAAACUUUAAUAAAUGGAUAAUUUGCAUUGCCUCA